AGAGAGAAUUAGGAAGGAAAGCCAGAAGAAAAAUGGGCAGCACAAUGAGUUUUGUUUGGUGUAUGAUUGCUUUAGCAUUGGCUGUCAUGGCUACAACUGCAACUGCUUCAACCAUCCAUAAGGUGGGAGAUGAUCAAGGCUGGAGAUUUCCGAAGGACGACCCAUCGUUUUACACCAGGUGGGCUGCCAAUAAGACCUUCAUUGUUGGUGACAAACUUGAAUUCAUAUGGACUGGCACGCAUAAUGUGGUCGAGGUAAGAAAGGAUGAGUAUGGAAACUGUACCGAGGGAGAAACACCACUUCAUGAAUUGAGCCCUGUGACAAUCUCUCUUGGUACUGCUGGCUCCAAAUACUUUAUCUGUGCUGUCGUACCCCACUGCUCGUUCGGGCAGAAGUUGAGUGUGAUUGUCGAAUCUGAUAUAUCGACAAUGCCACCAGCAUCGGCACCAAGCUCUGCUCCCACGUCUCUCCUGGCAAAUGCUUUGUAUGCAGCUAUGCUCACCAUAACUAGCAUGUUCUUCACUUGUCUGUAAGUAGACUUCAAGAUCUCUUGGCUCAUCUUCCUUCUACAUCAGUUGUAAGUAGUGUACCUUGAUUGAGAAUAUUAAAUAUAUGCAUUUUAUGUGAUGAAACAAAUGUGUAUAAGAAGUGGGAUUCCUGGCUCGUAUUAUUUUCCAGCCUCUCUGAAUUCCGUUCAGUUUCAUUUACCAUCCUUGGCAUAAAAAAAUGAACUUUUGUUUGUAAAUAAAUUCACAGAAGAUUUCAUAUCAGCAAGUUCCCACACAUGACAUGUUUCUCUGUUCCACUAACCUCCAUAAUGUUUACAUCUUUCUUUGGCUCUGGGUUGGGGAAGCUAAAGAGAAUAAUUAAGGUAACAAUCAAUCAGUCAGUGGCAGGAAAGAUACAUUAACUUAAAAGGAAAUUAACAUAAGUUUAAAUCAGCAAGCUCCCAUAAACAAAAAGUUGCAAUUAUAUAUGCUUCCCCAUGUUUAUUUGUGUUGAGUUGAGGAGGGGGGGUAUCUUUAACCACAUAACUCUUAGAAGCAAAAAGUACCAAUUAUCUACCAUAACAUGUUUCCCUCUUCAAAUAACCUCCAUAACAUUUGUUUUAUUAUUUCCUUGAAGCUAUGACGCAAACUUUAUGCAGUUUUUUCCAUUUUACUAAACCUGUCAAGCAUCUAAUGCUUAAAGUUCUAUAAUAAAUUUUGCAUUGAAUCAAGUGAUUUGGGAGAUCAAGACUAACACAAACAUUUAUUUAACUAAAACUAAAUAAAAAGUUAAAUAUAUGCAGCAAUACUCUCAUGUUAACCUCGCCCUGAUAAAUUUACAUUACCCCACUUAGAACAAGGAUCGAGUCAUAUGCACUGAAAGAUUCAAUGAAAUCAAGGAUAAAGUAAUAGAGGAUUAAUACAUGCUAAAGAUUCUGAGAUAUGUUAUGCAAAUUCACAUCCAUUUCCCAUCAAAGGCAAUGUACAUUUAUAAGAAAAAUAACAUAUGGAUAAUCUUUGACAGACAUCUGUAAGAAAGACAACUUUCCCAGUUCACUGACCUUUCUUUCAGCCUUCUUUUUCUUCCUCCUUUUAAGCCCUUCGAAGGUUAGGUAAUUUUGUUUAGUUGAAUUUGAACCAAAAUAUGAGAAUUUACCUAAUGUAGACAUGUUCUACUUAAAUACAUACAAACAUACGUAUGUAUGUACACCACAUAUAUAUGUAAGUUUAUAUGCAUGUAUAUGUUUCUCAAUCACUUAUACCAAUACCAUUUCACUUAUGAUGCACUAUUUAAUACAAAAUCUCAUCAUUCAAAAGAUUUUUUUAUUUCUUUCUAUAAAAACUCAGGUAAAGUUCCAGCAGAAUCUCACCCCAUAAAAGAUGCAACUUCAACUCCAGAAUAAAGAGAAAUCAAUGACAAACAGUCGGCAGCUCAGAGUGAGAUAAGAGACAUCCUCAAUGAAAGAAAGCAAUUAUUUUUAUAUUCUCUUGUUAGGUACAACCCUAAUCCCAUGACACAAAUAGUUACUCAAAGUAUUUGAACUAUAUGAAGAAACCAAAUAUAAGUACAUGAAUCAUCAAAUUUCAGAAAAUGCAUCCCAGUUUGAAAGUUGUGAUAUUAACUCUCAACAUAAAUUACAAGUUAAGCAAUGUAACUGGGAAAAGAAUAAAUAUAGACCUAAGCAAGGCGAGCCUAAGCUCUCUGCUCACAAAUAUACACAUACAUGUACAUGUAUCAGUGUGUGUCUGUGUGUGAUAUAUUGAAAUCAGUAUUUAUAGGAUAAAUGGAAACUGCAAAAAACAAGGAGACAAAUAGUCUAACCUAAGAAAACAAAAAAUGAUAAGAUACAACAAGAUAUCUGGUUCUGAAGAAUUAAAAUCAAUGAUAUAUUUCCUUUACUUUUUUUUUUUUUUUUUUUCUGACAACUUGUGUGACUGAUAUGCUUUAUGCACACUGCAACUAAUUCCAUGAGAAUGCCACUAGACCUGUGACAUUUGGUAUCUAAGAUAUUUCAUAUCAUAGAUAAAUGGUACUAAAGUUUGAACCCGUAAUCACACGAAUAUCCAAAGUUAUCCAUAUUUUAAAUUUAUGCAUUUUACUAGACUGAUUUAUGAAUAACUAUAGAAAUUCCUAUUUUUCUUCAAAUGGAAGCAUAUGACAAUAGAAAAGCCAUUCAAGCGAUAACUUCCCUACCCUGCUUCCCAAGUUGCAAUGCAUGGAAAUGUCCAGUUUACUUGGGGAAGCUAAGUCAGAAUAUCACAAAAUACCAAAAAAAAAAGUUGAACACCAAAGAAUUCAAUUAAACUGGCAUAAUUA